CACAUUAAAUAUAUUGUUUUCAGGUAGUCUUGUAUCCCGAGGGAACACCUGAGCCUAAUACCCUUUCAGCUGAGAUGGCCGGUAAACCCGAAUAUAUGCUGCAGAAAGAACUACUGGACGAUGGGACUAGACCAACUCAGGAGAAAUUUGUCAAGAAUAUGCAGUUGAAUUUUGGACCCCAGCACCCUGCAGCUCACGGAGUACUCCGUCUAGUUCUACAGAUGGACGGAGAAACUGUCAAGCGAGCUGAUCCUCAUAUUGGACUUCUUCACAGAGGAACUGAGAAGUUGAUCGAAUACAAGACCUAUCUGCAGGCUCUGCCCUACUUUGACCGGCUUGAUUAUGUAUCUAUGAUGUGUAAUGAGCAGGCAUAUUCUCUUGCUGUCGAGAAACUUCUUAAUAUAGAUGUUCCCCUCAGGGCUAAAUAUAUCAGGGUUUUGUUUGCUGAGCUGACUCGAAUUCUAAACCAUAUUAUGGGAAUUGGAACCCAUAUUCUUGACGUCGGAGGUCUCACCCCGUUCUUCUGGUUGUUCGAGGAGCGUGAGAAGAUGAUGGAGUUCUACGAGCGCGCUAGCGGCGCACGUAUGCACGCUGCAUAUGUCCGGCCCGGGGGUGUGCAUCAGGAUAUCCCAAUUGGUCUUCUGGACGAUAUCUACGAGUUCUGCAGCAAGUUCUCUGAAAGGUUGGACGAGGUGGAGGAUCUUGUCACAGACAAUAGGCUCUGGAAGGAGAGAACCACUGAUAUCGGCGUCAUAUCUGCUGAAGACGCGAUUAACUGGGGUUGCUCUGGUGUAAUGCUACGCAGUACUGGCAUCAAGUGGGAUUUGCGUAAAUCUCAGCCCUAUGAUGCGUACGAUCUGGUGGAUUUUGAUGUUCCCGUCGGGACGGCAGGAGAUUGCUACGAUAGAUAUUUGAUGCGUCAACUUAAAUUUUUCAUGGAUCCCCAUGUAAUUUCUGAUUUUAAUUUUAGGUGUAAGAUUAAGGCACCAGGUUUCCUUCACUUGGCGGCCAUCGACCACAUUGGGAAGAACCACAUGUUGGCCGAUAUUGUCGCCAUCAUCGGUACCAUGGAUGUCGUCUUCGGUGAGGUUGAUAGAUAGAUAGUUGGAUAAUUAUUUCUAGUUUAUCAUGUAAUCCUUUAAAAAUAUAUAAUUUAAAUUACUA